AGCAUUUUUAUCGGUUCCCUUGACAGUCAACGCACUCAGCUGUAGCCGGGGUAGGUGUCCCAAUCAUUCUCGCAUGGAGCGGGUUCCCACCUCCGAGCCCGAGUUUGACGGGAAAAGCGUCAAAGGAAAUCAUUGCCGCGGGUGGAAAGCCUGCACCUUCUUGGCGACGGGCGUUGCGUUGAUCUUGGUGGGCGGUGUUUGGGCGCGCAACCAUCACGGCGACCAUCACAAAGUUGACGAGUUGUUGGAGUUGUUUGGGCGCAAGCGCAUCAGGCAGGCGGCGCUCGGUGGCGGCGCCAGAGGGUGGAGCGCCAGUGGCGACGCGGACUCAGACAGUGCAAAAAAGGCAGAGAAGUCUUGGGACUUGCUGGGUGGCAAAGGCCCGAAGUUCAAGAACAAACCAAGGGUGCGCCGCGAGUGGAGGACCUUGAGCGACGAGAUGCGGGAGAAGGUGGCGAACGCCUUCUGGACCCUCAAGACGCUGACGACUGAAGCGGGCCAGGCCAAGUAUGGCCCAGACUUUCACAAUCACGAUGACAUGCUUUUCCUUCACUCCUGUGCCACUACGGACCCCAAAUGUGACCAGGGCCACUUUGGACCCCAAUUUAUGACUUUCCACCGCGCCUUGCUGCUGAAGUAUGAGCGGGCCAUGCUGUCCGUUGAUCCCAGCAUCGAGGCCCUGCCUUACUGGAACAUUGCCUUUGACUCAUUGAAUGGGAAGUAUCGCAACGAUCCAGAGAAGUACAUCUUCACGAACAAGUACUUCGGCUCCUAUUACGGCACGGGGGUAAACUACCAGGUCAUCGAUGGCUUAUUUGCGAAUUGGCCAAUAGCCAAGUACACGGAGGAACGCUUUGGCAAGGACAGCCCCAUGGCCGCAAUCAGCACCUGCGUCAGGAAGGAGUACUUCAAAGGCUAUAAGGCCACAACCUGCGACAAGUGCUGCGGUGUAGCGGGCUGCACCUGCGAGGAGAGCGACGAGCGCACAACUUACCUCCGCAACCACGACGAUUGCUCGCCUCAUGUGGCCCGCUGGCCGGAAGACCCCGAUGCCAUGGGGCCUCUGGGGGGCACUUAUGAGCUGCUCUACUCCGAGGAGGACUUUGACAAGUGCAAGGACAUCCGGCUAGUGAGGAGUUGGAUGGAAUGGCAGGACUGCAUCGAGAUGGGUAAUUUCAUGUGCAGCCAGCGUUUCAACUUUGUCAUGGGCCAGCCCGAGUUCCCCAAGACUUUCCGCCAGAAGAUCUUGCCCGAAAUGAAGCGCCGAGCCGCGGCCGCUGUGGAGAACGAGCAAGGGCGCUUCUACCGCGAGGCUGUGCGACAACUUGAAGACGCAGCAGACUCGAGCAGUUCGGACGAUUCCUUCACGAAUGUCAUCAAGACGCUGGUUAAGGGCCUUUGUGGGGACUACAUGCUGUACGGCUACCUCAAGCAAGGGAGAACCUUUCUGGGGCAAGGCAUCGACGUGGAGCAGCCUCGCUUCUUCCACUCUCAGGCCCACAUUAAGUUCGGCAAAGAUCUCCUGGAUGUCACAACAUCUCCAAACGAAGCUGCAGCCUUUACCGGCUACCAUUCAGACAUUGACCGCAACAACAUGAUGUGGAUGGUGAAUUCUGAGUCGGCGGUCAGCUUCAUGGAUGACAUUAGCUGGGCUUAUCCCCGCACACAAAAGGUGCGUCCGCAAGAUGUUGCCAAGACGAACACCAAAGGCCUUGGCAAAGGGAUCUCUGGCCCCUUUGCCAUUUAUGAUGUGCUGGCUUGCGGCAACAAUUCGGACAUGUUUUACGAGUACGAGGUUGGGGAGUCGCCGUGGCUGCCUGGCACGCUCUUGAAUGAUGUGGUGAACGACGGCUUCCCUUUCAAGAACCUCUUCACCUGCAAAAGUGACGAGAAGUGUGAUGGCGGUUCAAAGGGCUACACGCACCGAGAGAUGCUUUACUGGACUUCUCCAGAGAGGACCCCUUACACGUAUGACACUCUCGAACACUUGUACUACGACAUUUGAGGCAGCAUUGGCUUAUUUGCGAAUUCAAAUCUGUGCGGCUGACAAGGGCCUCUGAUGCGUGCGACUUCAAAGGGAGUGGCGCCGCAGCAUGGAACACAAAGAUAUGCAUCAGCUGACGUGAAACGUGUCUCAUUUAUGGUGUUAACACGAUACA